ACAUGUCUGGAGGAGGAGGAGGACGAGAAGUGGAGUGAGAAAAUAGAGAGUGAGAGAGGAGUGUGUAAGGGUGUGUGCGCGUGUGUGAAAGUGUGCAGGUCUGAGUGUGCAUUAGUAUCGCUGCUAAUUUCCUCGGUCCAGUAGAGUUGAAUCAAGAGCAGCAGCCAUCGUCACUAACGCUCUCCUUCGUUCUGGGUCUCCCUUCACAUCUCUCUGUCCCUUGUUCUGCAAAACACCAGCAACCCACAGUAGCGAACCACAGGCUGACCGAGGCCUGAGGUGCUGUGUGGUAUCGGCAAUCCCAGAUGCCCCCUGUCAACCGGAACCACCGCAAAAAAAACACGGAUUUGGUAGCGGCAGUAAAAUGGAGAACUCCACAGUGAGAGAAGUGGCAGUUUCAGGGCCCGAGGGAAUCUUCCUGAAUUGCAGCAAAGCCGGGCGGCACAGCUUCAUCUUCAUCCUCAUUCCCGCGGUGUAUGGCUGUAACUUCGUCGUGGGUGUCAUCGGAAACAGCAUGGUGGUGGCCGUCAUCUACCGCUACAUGAAGCUGAAGACGGUGGCCAACGUGUUUGUCCUCAACCUGGCCGUCUCAGACCUAACCUUCCUGGCCACACUCCCCAUGUGGGCCACCUUCACGGCCAGUGGUUACCAGUGGCCGUUUGGUGGCUUCUUGUGCAAGGCCGCCGCCGGCCUGGUUAUGUUCAAUCUCUACAGCUCCAUCUUCUUCCUGACCGCGCUCAGCAUUGACCGAUACCUGGCAAUCGUCCAUCCCAUGAGGUCGCGGCAAUGCCGGACGGUGCUCUACGCCCGUAUCACCUGCGUCCUGGUCUGGCUGGCGGCUCUCCUGUUGUCCGUCCCCACAGCUCUGACCAGGGACACGAUGCUCAUCACCAACCAUAACAUCACAACGUGUGGCAUUCUGCACCCCGAGGACUCCAGGCCCCUCCUCCUCACCAUCAGCCUGAUGAAGACCAUCCUGGGCUUUCUGGUUCCCUUCCUCAUCAUCAUCACUUGCUACUUCCUGAUUGGUCGAGCGCUGGUUGGGGCUCAGAGCUUCCAGAAGAACGAGAGUUCUCGGUCACGUGACGAUGAAGUGCUGAGGAUGUUGGCGGCGGCCGUCCUGGCUUUCUUCCUGUGUUGGAUGCCUCACCAGGUGUUUCACUUCAUAGAGCUGCUGGGAAUGUUGAAGAUUGUAAAGAACUGUGACAUUGUGGACGUCAUUGACACCGCCAUGCCUUUCACCAUCUGCAUCGCCUUCCUUAACAGCUGCGUCAAUCCAAUCCUCUACGGCUUUGUGGGACAGAACUUCCGGAAGAAUCUGUUCCAACUGCUCCGCUGUGCCCCCGCCGGCCCGGCGCGGCCACACCCCUCCAUCAGCUCCAAGAUGUCCACUCUGUCCUACCGAGCCUCCGAGGUCCUGCGCCUCUCCAACAAGAACAAGGCCGUCAUGGCCAACAGGUCCGUCAUCGUUGACGUGAAGUGAGAGGCACCACAGACCAAACUUCACCCCCUUUCAGGCUGCGCUGCUAACAGGAAGGACUCACACCACGGGCAAAAGACGACGGGGAAGGCGUUGAAAAUGUGCAUUUUCAAUGUCUUGUUAAACUAUGGGUGGAACAGAGAAGAUGUGUUUUAAUUCUGUGGACAGGUCCUGGCUACAAAGAUCCAGGGAGGGUUCCUUCGUGUCUAAAUAAUAAGAACAUUAUGCAUGAAAUGACAUAUCAUUGGCUAGAACAGCAUGCAGCAACGGUGCGUUGGUUAGCCAACAGCUGUCAGUGUGUGUUAAAUCAGAGACUGUGCUGUGUUACGCUGAAUGUGUGUUAGUUGGGUGACUUUGAGCUCUUCUUUAGGCCUUAGAAGGCCUGACUGGCCUGUGUGUCACCUCAGUGUGUCUCAUACUUCCAACAGAAAAACAUUUUGCACAGCCAAUAAACCACAGUACUGAAGACAUUUUUGAGAGGACAGAAAAGAGAGGACAAGAAAACUCAACUUCAGUAGAUAACUGCUUGUUGUUUUAGUCCUGAACUAUGCUAAAUCUGUGUCUGUGAAACCAGCUUUAUAUUCCAUUGAGCUUGUGGUUUUAGUUCUGGACUAGGCUUAAUCUCUGUCUGUGAAACCAGCUCUAUAUUCCAUUGAGCUUGUGGUUUUAGUUCUGGACUAGGCUUAAUCUCUGUCUGUGAAACCAGCUCUAUAUUCCAUUGAGCUUGUGGUUUUAGUUCUGGACUAGGCUUAAUCUCUGUCUUUGAAACCUGCCCCUGAAGUAAUAGUCCAGUAUGACACCUGCUGUUGUGGACAAACAGGGUUGCAAAAAAACAUCUAACGUUCCCCAGCUCGUUCAGUCCUGCUUCCUGGAAUUUUGCAACCAGUAUUUGUGAAAUGUUAUCUGACUUUUCAACCCUAGGGAGAAAUAGUGAAGAUGGCGAUUAAUCUGCGUAUGUUGUUAUUGAAUAAGUUGCAUGGCUUUGGCAGAUCAGUGCAGCAGUGGAGCUUGGUUGAUGUAGUGUGCUUAGAUGUUAAGUAUAUUCUUUUGUUGAUGUUUCAUUGGCAUUGUCACACUUGUUAGAACCAAUCAUGUACAGUAGUUUGCAUUUGCUACCAGUAGCCCUGUGAAGCUGUGGAGCAAGUGCUUUAUGUUUAUUAAUGGUAUGUUUUUCAAGCACUGUUUUUCUUUUUUUAUUCAUUGACUAGAACUCACUCACUACUAAGCUGUGUGGUUGUUCCCCCUAGCUUGUCUAUGUCCUUACUGAAAGUCACUCCGCUAAAUAACUAAAACAUCAUAUGUAAUGUAAAUGUGGUAUUUCUUCUUGCAGUAUUUAAAAGUUGAAAUUGUUUAAUAUUGUUUUUUUUUCCAUUUCUGUAAGUUUACAAUAUGUUACCAGUGCGUAUUAAGUAUAUAGUAUGUGAAUAAA